AUGUCAGUUUACGGGAGCGUGCCAUUAUUUGACUGUAAAAGUGAUGAGUGGGGAGUUCAUAGUGCACAGUUGAAAAAUUUCUUUGUGGCUAAUGGUAUUAACGAUACAAGCGACGUGAAUGGUGUUAAACGACGUGCUAUAUUACUUAAUUGCAUGUCACAGGACUCAUAUCGGUUAACUCGUGAUUUGUUAUUUCCAAUUGUGCCCGAGUCGGCCACCUACAGUGUGAUUGUAGAUACUUUGGAUGCUCAUUUUCAACCGAAAAAGUGCAUAUAUGCGGAACGGCAGAAAUUCUAUUCGGCUAAGAAAGACCCCCACGAGUCCCUACCAGAAUAUGCUGCGCGUAUUCGUGGCUUGGCAUCUACAUGUCAGUUUGGUACUUCGCUAGAAAUGUGUAUGACGGAUCGUUUCGUCCUCGGCGUUGACUCCCCAGUUGUACGAGAGAAGUUAUUUCGGGAUGAUCCUGGACAACUCAAAUUAACACGAGCAGUCGAGGUAGCAGGAGCAGUAGAAAGCGCGCAACGGGUUGCGUGUUCAAAUCUGGCAGCGCUCAAUAUUAAAUCUGAAUCGGUGCUAUGUUCUGAGGGUGCGCCAAUGACUGUGGCGGUGACCGCGGACGGGAAACCGUUUAGCAUGGAAAUAGACUCGGGCAGCGCGGUGUCGGCAAUGCCGUCAGCGGUGUGGCGCAGGUAUUUUGUAAAACCCAUCCACUCGGAGGGCGCUGUCCCAAAAUUUUGUAAAGCUAGAACAGUGCCCUUUGCACUCAAGGACAAAGUGAGUGCGGAGUUAGAUAGACUGGUACGGAUAGGUGUUUUAAAACCGGUUUCUUAUUCGAAGUACGCGUCACCGAUUGUUGCCGUUUUAAAAAAGAACAACGAAGUACGUAUCUGUGGCGAUUAUUCAGGUACAAUUAAUAAAAUAUUAAAAGUGGAUUCGUAUCCACUACCCAAAUUGAAUGAGUUAUGUGCUUCCUUGCACGGUUGUCGCUAUUUUAGCAAGCUCGAUUUGUCACAAAGCUAUAAUAAAUUGUUACUAGACGACCAGUCUCAAGAAUACACAUGUAUAAAUACACAUAAGGGGUUAUUUGUUUACACUCGGCUAGUGUUUGGCUUAGCAAACGCACCAGCGCUAUUCCAGCGUGCAAUAGUUCAAUUGUUGAACGGCAUAGAUGGAGUCGUAUGUUUCCUCGACGAUGUGCUUAUUGCCGCAUUUACUCCCGAAUUACACUGGGAACGCGUAGAACAAGUUUUGAUUCGACUAAGAGAUGCUGGACUUAUAUUGCAAAAAUCUAAAUGCUAUUUUCUUCAGGAAAAAGUGGAAUAUCUGGGGUUUAUCAUAGAUCGGGAGAGAAUUCACAAAAAUCCAGAUAAAAUUAGAGCAAUUAUUGAUGUCAAGGUUCCUAUGAAUACGAAACAAUUAAAAUCGUUUUUAGGAAUUGUAAAUUUUUAUCACAGUUUCAUAUCGCAAGCGGCGGCGUUACUAGAACCACUACACACUUUGUUGCGAAAGGAUAUCGAGUGGGAGUGGACAGACGAGCACCAAAAAGCGUUUAAUGCUGUUAAAAGGGAAUUGAGUUCAUCACGAGUGUUAGCUCACUAUGACCCCCGACAGCAGCUCGUGCUUACCGUAGACGCGGCGCCAAGUGGGCUGGGCGCGGUUCUAGCAGCGCGAUACCACGACGGUGCCGAACGUCCCAUCUGCUAUGCGUCACGAGCAUUAAACAAAAGCGAACGUGCAUAUAGCCAGAUUCAAAAGGAGGCGACGGCCAUCAUUUAUGGUAUCAAAAAAUUCCACCAGUAUCUUUAUGGCCGUCAGCAACCAUUCAUUUUGAGAACCGAUCACAAACCCUUGUUGUCAAUUUUUUCGCCAGAAAAAGGAGUACCUCAAAUGACUGAAUCUAGGCUUCAACGAUAUGCAUUAUUUCUCGCUGCUUAUAAUUACAAAAUUGAAUUCGUUAGCAGUGGAAACAAUGUUGCUGAUUAUUUAAGUCGGUUUCCUGUGGAAAUGGAACCGCAAGAAGUAAUUAAUGACACCGAAAUGCCUAGUUAUAUUAACGCACUAGCGGCGGCCGGUGCGACAUUGCCCGCCUCAUUGGAGGAGAUGCGGUCGUCUACUGCUGCCGACAUUACACUUUCUGAUGUAAUACAAUAUAUAAAUAAAGGGUGGCCACGGAAAGUACGAGUAGAAUUGCUGCCGUACAGCCGGUGUCAGCACGAGCUUCAUGUUGACAAUGGAUGUUUAAUGCGCGGACAUCGCGUGGUCGUACCCGAGGUAUACAGGUCGGCUGUGAUACAAGAACUCCAUGCUGCGCAUUUAGGCAUAAUGAAAAUGAAGUCGUUGGCUCGAGAGCGUUGUUGGUACCCGGGUAUCGACCGUGAUAUUGAACAAACAGUGUCCAACUGUGAUCGUUGCAUUUCCGUUCGGUCAGCUCCCCCGAAAGCUCACAUGGAAUCAUGGAAUUGGCCUGUAUCUGUUUUUGAUAGAAUUCAUUUGGACUAUCUUGGGCCCUUAAGUAGUAAAAUAUUUCUUGUUUUAGUCGAUGCUCAUAGUAAAUGGAUUGAAUGCUUGGAUAUGCCAAAUAUGACGUCUCAAAGUUUAAUUUUAAAUUUAAAAAAAGUAUUUUCGAGAUUCGGUUUGCCUAAAACAAUUGUGACAGACAACGCAACAACUUUUACGUCUUCUGAGUUCGGAAAAUUUUGUGACGUCAACGGUAUCACUCACAUAUUGUCUCCCGUUUAUUCGCCGCAAAGUAAUGGACUCGCCGAAAACGCGGUUAAAACAUGCAAAUGA